UUUGAUACCUGUGGUGUUUAGAGAUCUUACAAUGAAGAAAGGGACGAAUUCACGGGCAUCAUCCGGACCUUCGUACGAGGUUUUUCUAAGUUUUCGAGGAGCAGAUACCCGUUAUGAAUUCACCGAUUGUCUUUACCAUGGCAUGAUUGAUGCUGGGAUCAUCGUCUUUAGGGACAAUGAAUCCCUCCAUGUUGGUAAGGAAAUUGGUGGUGAACUUCUACAAGCAAUUGAGAACUCCAAGAUCUACGUUCCCAUAUUCUCCGAGAAUUAUGCUUCGAGUGACUGGUGCCUCCGAGAGCUCGCAUACAUGGUCGAGUGCACCUCGAAAUCGAAUGGAAACAAAGAGAUUCUGCCGAUUUUCUUGAACGUGGAACCUGCUGAUGUCAAGCUCAAAACAAAUUUGUACAGACAAACUUUUUCAAAGCGCCAGAAGACGUCGUGCACGGAAGCAGAGUCAUGGGAAAAGGCUCUCAUGGAAGUGGGCAAGAUAAAGGGAUGGAACUGGAAGAAAAAUGAAGGCCAAGGAGAUCUGAUACGUUCCGUAAUUCGAACGGUUUCGAUUAAGCUGAAGGUUGCACAUGAAAAAGUGACUGAACAUCUUGUCGGAGUUGAUGAUCGUGUAGAAGCUAUAAUCAAAAUGCUGGAUGUGGGAUCUAAUAGUGUACGAUUUCUCGGAAUCCAUGGAAUGGGCGGUGUUGGCAAAACAACCCUUGCUCAGGUCGUCUUCAACACACUAUCUUCUAGCUUUGAACGAUGUUGUUUCCUUGCAAACGUUCGAGAAUCAUCAAAAGGCAAUGAUGGUCCGGUAAAUUUGCAAAAACAAUUGUUAUCCAAGCUCGCUGGUUCUCGCUCUAUCGAUGAAAUUUAUCACGUGAAUGAUGGGAUCAAAAUUAUAGAGAAAGGAUUACUUAGAAAUAAAAAAGUACUCAUUGUUCUUGAUGACGUGGAUGAGAAAGAGCAACUGAAAAGUCUUGCAGAAAAAGGUAAUUGGUUCGGUUCUUGUAGCAGGAUUCUCAUAACUACAAGGGACAAAAGUGUCCUAACCGAAGGCCCAAAUGUUUCGACUUACGAAGCAUGUGAACUGGAAUUUGAUCAUGCUCUUAAGCUUUUCAGUAGGCAUGCCUUCAAUAGAGACUCUCCACCAGAUCAUCGUGUCUCCCUUUCCGAAAAAAUUGUCCAUACUUUGGGAAAGCUUCCUUUAGCUCUUGAGAUUACAGGUUCAUUUCUUGUCGGUAAAUCCGAAGAACUUUGGAUCAACACAUGGGAAAAGUUACAAGAAGCUCCUCCCAAGGAUGUCCAAAAGAAAUUGAUGAUAACUUAUGAAAGGUUAGAUCCUGCAGAAAGGGAAAUAUUUCUGGAUAUAGCUUGUUUUUUUGUUAAUGAGGAUAUAACAUACCCUUUCUAUAUGUGGAAUGACUAUAAAUACCACCCACACGUUGCCAUUGAUGUCCUUGUUCUCAUGUCCUUGAUAAAAAUCAAAGAAGAUAGCACUUUCUGGAUGCAUGACCAAGUGCGGGACCUCGGAAGAGAAAUUGUCCGUCAAGAGAAUUUCAAACAUCUUAGCGAGCGUAGCAGAGUGUGGAAAUGUGAGGAAGCGUUGGGCAUUGUAAAAUCGAAAGAGGGAAGUAGGAAAAUAGAAGCACUGUCAGUUGCAAAACGUGGAUUAUAUCAAUUUUAUCUUCAUGAAACUCUGACGAACGAUGAAUUUGCUAAUUUACCAAACUUAAGGUUCUUUCGAGGGUAUGAGGUUUCCCUUGUUGGAGACUUCAAUAAUCUUCUCACCAGUUUAAGAUGGCUUUAUUGGCGAUAUUGCCCUUCCAAGUUUGAGGCAACAAACUUUCAUCCGACUAAUUUAGUCGUUCUUGAGCUUUCAUGGGGCCAUAUUUCGGAGGAAUGGAUUGGCUGGGACCAAAUCAGAGAGGCCAGAAAACUACAAGUACUAGAUCUCAGCUAUUGUAAAUACUUACAGAGAACACCUGAUUUAUCUACGUGGGUGUAUUUAGAGAGAUUGGUUCUUAAAGGUUGUGGCAACUUAAUUGAAAUUGACCCAUCCAUUGGUAAAUUAAAGCGCCUUACUGUUUUGAACUUGGAUGGAUGUAACUUUCUUCGAGAGUUGCCCGAAGAAAUAGGUUGUCUACAAGCUUUGACAGAGAUUGUCAUGCCUAAUACGCUACAUAAACUUCCGGAGACGUUUGGUAAUUUGCAGUCAUUGUUGACCUUCGAUGUACCAAAUAGGCAAAUCAACAAAUUGCCAUACUCGAUUGGAGGGCUGGUGAAAAUUAGGCAGUUGAAUUUAUCUAGGUGUACAUACAUAAAGGAACUUCCAGAUUCGGUUGGGAAAUUACAAUCAUUAGUCGAGUUGGAUUUGUCAUGGACGAGAAUUUGUCACCUACCCGAUUCAAUCGGCAAUCUAAAGCAACUGAAGAUACUAAGGAUGAGAAGCAUAGGAGGGAUAACAAAGUUGCCAAGUGCGAUUGGGCUGGUGGAGAAGCUCGAAGAGUUGGAUGCUCAAGGAUGUUGCAGCUUGACCGGCGAAAUCCCUGAAGAAAUUGGGAGACUGUUCCGUUUGAGGAUCCUAGACUUGUCGGACACACGUAUAUCCGGAUUACCCACCACGGUGAAUCACCUCUCUAAUCUCCAAAUACUUAAGCUAGAAAAUUGUCCCGGGCUGAAACAAUUGCCGGAGCUUCCCCCAAGUUUGACUUGGCUGAUAUGGAGCCCUUUUCAUUUACGGUGUCCCCCCUCGAUAGCCUUCCUCGGUCCCCCUAGAAUGGAUGCCCUAUCUCAACAGGGAACACUUGUCACCACUCUUCCCACUAGCAUCGGUACCCUAUCUCAGCUUAAAUCACUAUCAUUGUCCUGCAAAUACGUGCAAUUCCUCCCCCAGCUCCCGUCUAGUUUAAGAGAGUUACGACUUCGAGAUCUGGCCACCACACGAUCACCGGAUUUUUCCAAUUUGCAAAACUUGACAUUCUUGGCAUUCUAUGGAUGUUCGCUAAAACUCUCGAGUAUAUUUGAUGCGGAGUCGGAGGAACUCCGUGUGGAGUGCUGUGAGCUUAGAAAACUGGACUCACCGUCGCAGCCGGAAAUGAAAAGAUUGAGACUAUUAAAGAUGGUUGAUUGUAAGUUGGAAGUACUUGAUCUGUCGCGCAUGAAGAAUCUGUGCGAGGUAAGUCUGACACGUUGCCAUUCAUUAGUUGAGAUUCGUGGCCUUGAAGAAUUGGGAUCCCUUCGCUCCCUAUCAGUCGUCGAUUGCCCUUCCAUGGAGAGGAUGUCAAACCUAUCGAAAUUGAAAAAGCUACGGAAGCUCGAAGUAAGAAAUUGUUGGAAGUUAAAAAGCGUGCAAGUUCCGAAUCACUUGGAAUCUUUAAAGGACGGACAUUCUUUUGUUGGAAGCUAAAAAGCGUCGUAUCUAGGAG